AUGUCCCCUCAUUACUAUCAGGCAUAUAUGCAGGCCAUGCAGCCCGCGAUAAAUGCACAAGGAUAUACCUUAUCUUCGACUUACAUGCCUCAACACACCACUGGUGGAAAUACUCUGCGAAAUGCAUCUCGUGAAAUUAGCAAUAAUGUCCCCGCGCGGAUUAACGAUAGAAGGCCAAACUCCACCAGUGGCCAAAUGCAUGGUAGUUGGUACCAGCCUGGGAGCUGUCGCUGUACUCGUCAAGGUUGUGUGUUUACAGGCUCUAAGAAAUCAGUUGAGACACAUAUGAUGGACCGCCACUUUAUCUUCCCCCCUGGAUGGUCGAAAAAAGACGAAUGGGAUACCGAUCCAAGCCUAAAAGGCAAACCUAUUGCGAUUCAGGGAACAUCUUUAAUCCUCGACUCUCAAGAAGCGAUCGAUGGUUGGAUAGCAGAGCGCAAGAACCGGUUUCCUACUACACAGAAGGUCGAAGACAAGAAGAGGAAGCUGGAGGAGGCCGUCGCGAGAGGCCAGCUGACACCUGAAGACAUUGGUUUACAAGGCAGAAGGAAGCGAAGACAUGACGAUUCAUCAUUUCGGGGUCAGCAACCAAGGGGUCGAGGGAGGGGUAGAGGAAUGGGUCAUGGUAGUCACACUAGUUUCACCAUCUCAAGGAUUCAAGAUACAUCAUCACCGAUGAAACGUCAGCCAGCACCUCUUCCCCCAUCAAUUCCUAUGGAGCAACAGGAUAGAUGUGAUUCAGACUCAAGUUCGGAUGAUGGCGCUCCCGAAGUCGUGUCUUCUAAGCUACCUCCGGCUGCAGAGGUAGCCGUGGUUUCAACACCACAGCUAAAGCAAGAACUGCAACCACAAGCACCACCCAAACCCAUAAAAAAGCCACCUCAGCUUCAACCCAAGCCCCCGCCGCGAAAUCCAUUCGCAUCACGACCUACCUUACUCCGGAGUUUGCUUCUUCCUGAGAUUCGCAUCACAGUAUCAAACCUGUCUCAAGCGAUUCGAUUUUUGGUUGACAAUGACUUUCUGCGAGGAGUAGAAAUGAAGCCAGGCGAGGCGCAACAAACAAUGAUUGAAGUAGUGGGAAGCACUGGACCCCAACUUCCUCUCUCGAAUGAAGUUCCAGGUGACUGCAGUAGAAUAAGUAAUAUUAUUGACCAAAACGCAGAAAACGAGUAA